AGAAGCGGGCGGGACGGGGCGGGGCGGGGCGGGGCGGGGCGGGACUGGCGCUCUCCAGUCGUGGGGGCGGGACAAACCUCCGACCCGCUGGGCAAAACCAGGCAGCGGCGGCGGGCGGCGAGGCCAGGCGGCGGGAGGACUGACUCGUUCUGGACACUCGCGUCCUGUGGCUCCUGAGCGCUCUCGGGCACCAUGAGCGGCCGAGUUGGGGACCUGAGCCCCCAGCAGCAGGAGGCGCUGGCCACGUUCCGGGACAACCUUCAGGACCUGCUGCCCACCCUGCCCAAAGCUGAUGACUACUUCCUCCUGCGCUGGCUCCGAGCUCGGAACUUUGACCUACAGAAAUCAGAGGACAUGGUCCGGAAGCACAUGGAGUUUCGCAAGCAGCAGGACCUGGACAACAUCCUCUCGUGGCAGCCCUCGGAGGUGAUCCAGCUGUAUGACUCAGGUGGCCUGUGUGGCUAUGACUACGAAGGCUGCCCCGUGUGGUUUGACAUCAUCGGGACCCUCGACCCCAAGGGCCUCCUCCUUUCAGCCACCAAGCAGGAGCUGAUCCGGAAGCGCAUCAGGGUGUGCGAGAUGCUUUUGCAGCAGUGUGACCUGCAGAGUCAGAAGCUGGGCAGGAAGAUUGAGAUGGUGCUGAUGGUGUUUGAUUUGGAGGGGCUGAGCCUGAAACACCUGUGGAAGCCAGCUGUGGAGGUCUACCAGCAGUUUUUUGCCAUGCUGGAAGCAAAUUAUCCUGAGACGAUGAAGAAUUUAAUUGUUGUUCGAGGUGAGCCCACGAUGGGGAUGACCGUCUGGGAAGGGAAGGCCCCCAAGCUGUUCCCUGUGGCCUUCAACUUGGUCAAGUCGUUCAUGAGUGAGGACACUCGAAGGAAGAUAGUGAUUCUAGGAGGUGACUGGAAGCAAGAACUACCUAAGUUUAUCAGCCCUGACCAGCUGCCCGUGGAGUUUGGGGGGACCAUGACUGACCCAGAUGGCAACCCCAAGUGCCUGACCAAGAUCAACUACGGGGGCGAGGUGCCCAGGAGCUACUACCGGCACAACCAGCUGAGGCUGCAGUACGAGCACACAGUGACCGUGGGCCGCGGCUCCUCGCUGCAGGUGGAGAACGAGAUCCUGUUCCCGGGCUGUGUGCUCCGGUGGCAGUUUGCAUCAGAUGGGGCGGACAUCGGCUUCGGGAUUUUCCUGAAGACCAAGAUGGGGGCGCGGCAGCGGGCAGGGGAGAUGACGGAGGUGCUGCCCAGCCAGCGCUACAACGCCCAGCAGGUGCCUGAGGACGGGAGCCUCACCUGCCUCCAGGCCGGCGUCUACGUCCUGCGCUUUGACAACACCUACAGCCUGAUGCACGCCAAGAAGGUCAGCUACACUGUGGAGGUGCUGCUUCCUGACAAGGCCUCCGAGGAGAAGAUUCAGGGUCUCGAGGCAAAGAGACGGUCCCCACUACAGUGAGGACCCUGGCCGCCUUGUGCCUGUGCUCUUCAGCCCCGUAGCUCCCCUGCCCCAUCCCCUGCCCUCCAAGGCAGGAUGGUGCUAGCGGUGACCUCAGAGAGCUACCCACCUCGCAUCACCAUCUCAUCUCCUUGUGGGCUCACCUGGAUUUGUGGCCAAGCAGGAAGGGGACCCCAGUACAUAGGCCACCAUGAGGAUUCAGACAGGCAUCUCAUCCCUUGUUCGAAGAGAAUGAGGAUGAACCAGUGUCCACUGAGGAAGGAGCCCUCCUGCAGAGGCCACCCUUGCGUCCUGUCUGACAAGGUCCACCCAUUCCAGGACUCACCCACACCUGGCAUCCCAGUUUGGGGGUGUAUGCAUGAGCCCCAGGUCCUGCAGGGAGCACAGCCUCAGGCCUGAAGAGCAGGGAUGUGCAGGGCCAGCUGGAAGCCACUGGGUGGAGGGAUGGAGAUGGGGCUGAGGGUCUAGGUUCUGAUCAACCCUCCAGGGUUGUUCUUCCUUUGGAGGGAAAAUCAGAAAUGGAGAGCAAGACCCGGCAGGGACGGCCAUCAGGAGGAAGAGCCACGCUCAGCCUUCCCAGUGUCCCCCACUCCCUCCCCACCUGCUGUGAUCCAGCCAACAUUUCACUUGGAUUCCUUCCGGCUCUGAGUAGGGGCCAGGACCGAAGCAGAGCUGCAGGGAGGUGGAAGGACUGUGCUGAGGGUGCAGAGUGGAGCUGCCAUCCCCAGGCAUUCACCCUAGACUCUGACUUGCUUCUUGGAGAAGCAUCACGCUCUUCCUCCAUCUUUGUGUCUCACUAAGGGGACAGCUGGAGGUUGGCUGCCAACCCCCUGCCUCCCCCACCCCAAAUGCAACUCAGCAGCUGGCCGGUGAAGGCUUCCACUUCUCAAAGCCUGGCUCUCCUGGUGCCCACAGCCCACAGUUAGCACCACUGUCAGAGCUGCUGGACGGACUGCACCCAGCAGGGCAGCCCAUGCCUGAGGACUGAACCGAGGCCAUCAACCUGGCUGUGACUCUGCAGUUGAUUCCAUGUGGCAGUGAAGCCAUCGACAGGGCUGGGAGCCCAGGCUGUGCUGCUUUGCCCCCUGGGUGGCUUGGCCCUCAGCUCUGGAUCCUUGCGCCUGCUCUCCUUAGGGUUUGUCUUGCUGUG